ACCCCUAUUCGUCCUAUAAAAGGUUAAACACGCGCCGCCCAAAUUCAAAUCUCCCGGCAACAUGGGCCGAACCGGCGACGGCAGAGAUCCACCGGCGGAACAGCCUUCUCGGUUUUCAGCUUCAACGAAAAGUAGAAUUCGUCAACAUGAUAUUGGUAAACACCGUAGCAAGAAGGAGCAAAGAGUAUCAAUUCGUAAAACUGAUACUGAAACUGCAACCCUAACCCUAAAUCAUACUUCCACUUCUUAUACACAUUCAUAUGCAAAUUCGUACUCAUACUCGUACAGUAGGGGCAAAGAAAAACGACAUAAAGGAAAAGCAAAGAGGGCAAUUGCAGAUGAUAAGCGCAAGUGGGUUUACUCUACUCACGUCGUUUCCCCAAAUCAAGAUAGAGUUGUUUUUAUGUCGUAUAAUAUACUAGGGGUAAAAAAUGCAGCAGCACAUGAGGACUUGUACCGCAAUGUCUCUCCAAAAUAUUUGGAUUGGGACUACCGGAAGAAGCUCAUAUGCAAAGAAAUUAGGGACUAUAAUCCGGGUAUAAUGUGUUUCCAGGAGGUUGACCGUUUUGAUGAUUUGGAUUAUCUCCUCCAGAAAGAGGGCUUCAAAGGGGUUUAUCAGGCUCGUACAGGUGAUGCAAGUGAUGGUUGUGCAAUAUUUUGGAACAGCAAACUAUUUGACAUUCUGCAUGAGGAGAGCAUAGAAUUCCAGAAUUUUAAUCUUCGCAAUAAUGUUUGCCAACUUUGUGUUUUCAAGAUGAAUGUGAAAAGCUCAAGCAAGGAUAUGAGUGCUUCAAAUUCGGUGAGUGUAUCCUCGCCAAGCUUUCUGGUUGGCAAUAUUCAUGUACUCUACAACCCCAAUCGUGGAGACAUCAAGUUGGGACAGGUUAGACUCUUUCUUGAGAGUGCCCAGAGGCUAUCUCAUGAAUGGGGUGAUAUACCAGUCGUGCUUGCUGGAGAUCUAAAUAGUAUGCCUCAGAGUGCAAUGUAUCAGUUUUUGACUUCAAAUAAGUUGGACAUCCAAAUGCAUGACCGAAAGCAAAUCUCUGGCCAAAUUUAUCCAUUGCAAAAUAGAAGCUUCAACCCGAGAUUAAGUUAUAGAUGGAGUAAUGAAGAGCUAAUGCUUGCUACUGGAACAGGAGCUAGUCACUUGAUACAUCAGUUACAACUGCGCAGUGCAUAUGCUGGAGCUCCUGGAAGCUCUAGAACCAGGGAAAACUCUGGAGAACCCUUGGCGACAUCAUAUCAUUCCAAGUUUAUGGGAACUGUCGACUAUAUAUGGCACACAACAGAGUUUGUUCCAGUACGAGUUCUUGAUACCUUACCUGUUGAUAUUUUAAGGAGAACAAGAGGGCUUCCUAGUGAGAAAUGGGGAAGUGAUCAUCUUUCUCUAGUGUGUGAACUGGCUUUCGCUGAUGAAGGGAGUGAGACUUGACUAUUCCUUUCGAUUUAAGUUAAAAGUUGAAAUACAAUUCGGAAGGUCCAUCAUGCGUGACAUACUGCUUCAUUGGAUAA